AUGGUGCAUCGGAACAACACGGUUCGGAUGGACGGCGGUCGAAUGACUUUUGCCAAGCAUUGGGGUAAGCAUCCCUCUUUUUAAUGCAAUACACACCUCAUUUCUUUGAAACAUGAGAGUACUCAACAGCAAACAAAAUAGGAGAGAUUUUUUGCGCAAAAAUAGAAACCAAACAAAAGUUUUGGUGGCGGAUAGAUGUGAGGAAUUUUAAUUUUCAGGAUUGCUUCCCGAAAGACAUGGAUCAUCUCCAAUUACGGGCUCGCAUACCAUCGCACGUUCCUACACAAGACCGCCAAAAGAGAGGAUUACGCCGAAAGAGCGUUUCUUCAGUAUAUCCAGGAUACCGAGCAGAUUUACCAAGUUUUCAACGGUCCGCGCGUUGCCAGUCGAGUAUCUCGGUUAGUUAGUUAAUCAAAGAACAUAAGUGAGAGCUUAUGCAUCCCGGGAAAUAUGCUGUGAACUUUUGUACUCUGUUUGUCUGCGCCGAUCUGUGUACAAUGCUCGGUGCCCACACGAAAGGCUACAACUUACUCGUCAUUCUGUCACCUAUUGCUUGCUUUUCAUCGGUUUCUCUUUUAGAAACGUUGUCUUUUCCUUUAUUCCUUCUUUAUUUGGACUCCUAAAUGCUCUCAAAGUAUUCUCUAGAACACGUUUUUCUCUCACUAAUCAGAUGCUUUCGGAAUGAGCAGAAUCCAAAUCCGCAAACAAAAGAUGGUGUUGAAAUAAUGAGUAGGAAGUCGAGUUGGACAAGGUGGAAAAUAAAAUGUCAAAUAAAUUACGGUUGGACGGUUUAAUCCCAAGUACAAACGCCUCCGCAAGCAGCCCAAGGCGCCCCCGUUUCGCUCGCUCUUUGUUUCUCUCACAUCUUCCCUCCCACAUCAGUUGUUUUUCCCUCUCGUGGUCCUCGGAUUAUAGGGAGGAGACGAGACCGUAAGAAGCACAAAAAAAGGAAUGCAUUUUCCCGUUUUUUGUCUGUCCAAAUGUGUUGUUCUCCCCCUUUCCAACCCCCCAUCGGGUGCUUGUUAAACAUACAUGAGUCUCUCAAGGUGUUGUAUGUCUCUCCCACCGUCAACCCUUGACUCCCCGAGAGAGAGAGAGAGAGAGAUUUUGUGUCCCUCUUGUAAGCCUCUCAAUUUUUUCCCACUGCGAGAGCACAGAGAGCAUACUUUUUUGGAUUACGAUUCCGUCUCAAAUUUCACAACUUACGUAAUAACGGUGUUAAACUUGAACAAAACACAACAAGGCCACAUUUCAAAAAAGUUGAAAACCGUCAGGUUGGGUUGAGAUAACCUGUUGACGGUAACCAAUCCUGCCAUCCAUUUUAUGACCCCACUCCCAUCCUUUUUUGACUAUUCAAUGUUUUUCACCCUUUUUCUCUCCAUCUCUUUGAUCUAUGUAUUAAAAACGCGUCACUUUUUCUUUCAGCAAUCCGUGACAAAUCCAAAACCCCAAAAAACCGUAUUCUAUUGUUGUCUCAACCUUCAAUCCAGAACGUUGUUCUGUCCAAUUGCGCAAGCAGCAAAAGAGAAAGAGAGAAGAAGAAGAAGAAGAAGCUGGUCGAAUUGUGAUAGGACGGGUUAUUAACGCCAUUCGCAAAACGAUAAGGGAGGCUGGCAGCGAACGAAGGCGAACCAAAAGUUAUCGGGCAAAAAGUGUGUUGUAGGACACGGACAGACGCCGGUCUUACCUAAAGCCAUCAUCAUUCCCCUCCCUCCGAAUCUUCCACCCAAUCCUCACCUCCCUCCUCUCAGCCCGUCGUUUAACGCCUGCAAAACGUCUUCCUCAACAUUAAAGGCACGGAGCCCGAUCGAGCGGCGAGUGUCGGCAUCGUCGCACUCCUCGACGGGCUCCAUGCACCGCGCCAACAGCCAAGGCAUCUAUCCGAACGCUUUGCACCAUUUGUUGCUCGCCAACAAGAAACGGAGCAACACGACGAGCCUCGCCUCACUCUCACCGUCGUCGAAAAACAGCAACUACAGUAGCGGCGGCGGCAGCACGACGUCAUCGCUGCCGUUGUAUGUGAACACUGCCGAGCUGCUGCUACCGAAAGCCGAGAAACGAGUGUCGUUCAAGGAUCUCGACAUGAGCGGCCGCCUACCGGCCACUACCACCACCGCUACCAGCGGGCCACAGUUGCGAACCGGCGGUGGACUACAUGCACGCAAGUUGCAUCGCUGCGACACUGGAGACAUGAGCCUUUUAGAGAGGUGGGUCACUUUUUCUUUUCCGGGUUUCCCUUUUCGGUUAGAAAGUGCUGGUUUUAACUCAAAUUAGCCGAAAUUUCACACUCGACUGACCCGCUUUUGUUUUCCUCUCUAUCUCUGGAAUCAAUCUUUUUUUUACAAAACCCAUCCAUUUCAACCAGUUCGCCACACAGGUAGUGUUGUUGUUUGUUGAUCGCAUUCAAAUUGAAUUUCAAUUCUCCAAGACACAUACAUACCCGAGAACGAAAAAAUGUGUGUUUUUUCUCCUUUUCUCGUUCCCUGGUCUUUGCGUGUGUUCGAGGAUUUUUUCGAGAACCUUUGUCAAUAUAUUAGCAAUAGGAGAGUAUUACCAGCACUUGAACAAUCUGCUUAUCCCCCUCCAGUUCUCAGCUUUUUUCUACGUAGUUGUACCCUUUUCUUAACUUUGCUGUUUCAGGUAUUUAUCCCGGGAAAAUAUGCAUACUCCAUCGCCUAUUCCUUCCGAGUACCAACAACAUUAUUCUCCACGGCACGUGCAUUUCGCACACGGCCAAUCUCGACGCCCUUAUCAACGAGACGAAAAUUCGAGCAUUCGAAAACGAUUGAGCCGAAGUUGUGAUCAUUUGAACGACAAUAACUUCAGCCCGAGAUUGCCGCCGAUCAGGAGAAGACCAACGAAACACACUCCCUCCGCCUUAUCCUUGGUUAUACAUGGUACGUGUCGAAUUUCGACUUUUCUUGGACUCUUUCUCUUCGUUUCAAUUUAUACCGUAUUGUUUGUAAACAUCGGAAAAAUUUUGAGCAAAACAUGAUGAUGAUGAUGAUGUCUUCGAAAAAAUCCUGUUGUUUUUGAGAGCUCACCACUAUCCGCCUGAUAAGCUAGAACAUUAUGUGAAGUGGGCCGCCGUAGGGGCACAAAAAACUCACCGGUCGGCCUUGCACUCCGCAACAUGUACAUACCGCGCGGUGGAAGGGAUUAGAUGAUCAACACUUUUGCGUCCUUUAGACGUUUUUUUGUGAAAGGUUCGGCGCAGAAAUAGAAAAGAUGAAACAAAGAUGAUGGUCAUCUGAACGCCUAAUUAGCUAACAUCUCUCCUACGGCCAAAACUGCCCAAACCCCCCUUAAGUAUUGCAAAUGAGGGGAGAACAGACAGACGAAAGGAAGUGUGAAAACAAAAAAAACUGUCAGUUCCUUAGAAACUGCAGCAAUUAUAUGAGAAUUUCUGCCUGGUUACCUACUUAGUGUCACCCUUGACCGGAAAGAAAGGAAAAGGGAAAUAUGAAACAACAACCCAUUCCAAUCGAGAAUACAUGACAGCCAGCAGAUUUCUAUGCUUCCAAUAUUGAGAAAAGCCAUAUAUUAUCCAUUAGUCGAAUCCAAUCCGUUUGCCGGCAAAACUUCAAAGAAACAUGACCGCCACAACUGUUUGUACCUCUUUUCCCGUAUUUUUAAUGACAUUUGGAUAAUUAGGGAGACGAAAAGACACUCACACCACCGGGAGAGAUCGCUUUUAUCUUUUGAUAGGGGGGAAGUAAAGACGUUUAUGUAGGUGGCCAGUUGAAAAUUUUUUCUGCCCUUGAGUCAAUCAAAAAUUCAGUAAACCACUUUUUCUCCGCGUAAAAAUAAUAUUCAUGCCCAUAUCAGUGACGCGAAACGAGGUGGGGCUUGUUUUGUGUGUUUGAGCUGGGUGCCGGUUCUCGUGUGAAUGAUUCAGAAUUCUAUUUGAAUAGAAGUACUUCACAAUCGGCCGCUUUUGUGAAAUGGACCGACGUGUCUGCCACAGCUUCCUGAUCUCUAUUAAUCACUUUGAAAUCCGAUUGGUUCUUGCCCCUCUUUCUCUUCUGCCUUCUCCUACUUUUCCUUGGAAACAAGAGGACGUCAUUAACUCUCCCUCUGAGAGCAAAAUGAAUCGAAAACUCGUCAUCUUGCGCAGCACAGUUGAAACACGAGCUCUUUUCCUUCCUUCUGCCAACAACACAUGCAAUCUGUCACUAUUUUGUCGUUUGGUUUUCCGUUGUCUUCCCUUUGCAAAACCUCCCUUUCUCUCUUUCUUCUCCCAUCGUACAAUUAGACACACACGAGUGAAACUGAAACCGAAAACUGAACAUCAUUGCCACGGAACACCGAUUUUUGUAUUCCGACAGUACUUUUCUUAGCUUUUUGGCAAAUAAGUCAAUUUCAAUUCCAAUUCUCGUCCUUCAUCCAUCUGGAGACAUCAAGCAGGUGGUCUACAGAAUUACUGGUGGACCCAUUCGACCACGCUACCAAACAACGGGGCUCAAUUACUUUCAUUUUACGACCCUAUUAAGCAACACGCGUGUUUGGUGCCGGGGUGUUCUCGUUCCUUCCCUUUCCUCUCCUUGUUCCGAUCGUUUUCCAAUUUUAUGCCCUCUCAACCUCAGACCACACAGACACUCUGGCGGAUUCUUGUUUUAAAAAGUUAACGUAAGCUGAUUAGUAAGCAGGUGUUCAAAUUUUGUCAAAAAUUCGACUCUGUGUUGAAAAAUGUAUUGUUUGUACUUCGUCGCAGAGCUCUGUUCUUGCCCCCCAACUGGUUAGUGCGCGAAUCCACUUGACACCUCGGGGGCAAAAAAUUUCCUCGGAACAAAUCUCAUGAUACUUUUAACCUUUACUUUAAAUUUCUCUUUCUGCCCCGUCACGUUUAUUAUUCGCUUUGUGUGGCGUUAAUCCAUCAAAUAUACUAAAAAAGCGCCUUCCUAUGCACAUUUCCAAUGUCAUUUUGUUGCUGUAAACGUGCGUUCAUUUGUCACCCUCACCCCCAUCUGACAUUUCCUGAAUUUUUGCAGCAAAAACCGGCGUGUGCCUGCCACGCGAGCCAAAAAUUUUAAUUUGCCAGGGUUCUUUUGCUUCAUCAAUUUCUAAUUGGUUCGCCUCGUCAUAGUACUGGAGCAUAUGGUGUGCCGUCGUUUUGGAUAAGAGUGAGGGGUAUUAGAGAAACGAUGAACUAAGCCGAGAAAGGGCGUUGUGAGGGGGAAAAGGAAAAGGACGAGAUUUUGAAGAUGAAAACCGAAGGCUGAAUGACUUUUGCAUAAUUUCUUCAGCCCGAAAUCGUUGAGAGGUUUAAACUUGCCAACUUGCGAACCAGUAUGCCAAUUGUGAAGGCAUAGCAUGAAAGAUCUUGAGAUCCUCAUCUAGAUGCAUUUGGGGGAAGGGGGAAACGGACAAUACUCGGACAGCUGUGGGCGCAUCCCAACUCAUUUGUAGUGCUUUCUAAUCGCAUUGUAGACAAUUACUCGGCCCGACCCCCUGCCACAUGUCUCCUUGUGUUUCUGUUCCUGACUGUACUUGUUUUAGUUUUAGUUUUUCAUUCCAUAAGUGCGCUACCGUACUUGACACCUAAUUAUUAUCGUCUCCGUUCGUUUCGAUUUGUGUCCUUCUUCUUUGAAAGGUGUCGUCCUCGAUUCUUCCCAUUCUUUUCCUCCUUAUAUGGCGGAAAAUUGUGGUGGAAGAAGAAGAAGAAGAAGAAGAAAAGAAAAGAGAAACCCAUCAUAUAUCACACCGUUUUUUUUUCUUUUGGUCUCGCGCCCAGUCCUGUCUACCUAUAUCAAAUAUCCGAUAUCCCUUUUUGAUAGAUUCGCCCAAAUCCAUAUCGAGAAGCUGCCAGUCUGUCACUGUUUCCCACCAGUUUUCUAAUGAGAUUUACUGUCUAAUUUCCUUCCGCCCAACCACUUGUGUUCUGUUCUUCUUACUUGUCAAUCAACCCCUUUCGAAAUUUUUUGUGUAAAUAAGUAAAGAUGGGUUGGGACACAUUCAGGUUUACAGUGAGUCACAGAUCUGACACCUAUCCGCAAAUACUUCUUCUUUUUGACUGUCGCCGCCAUGUAGGAUAUGAAAAUCAGAUUGUGCCACAUUCAGACACACCCUUUUCUGGAAAUCCAGUCCGAACACGAACACAAUUCCUCUCUUCUUUACCUUGUUUGUUCGUUUCUCUUCUGUCAAGUAUUUGAAUAGGUUAGUUUGGCUGUGUUCGUAACAGAAAAAGAAAAACACAAUAUACAGUCUGAACCGGGGUGUUUUUCCAAAAUUAGCCAAAUAAUUUUCCUCGCACACCCUGGUCUGAACUUCUGGUUUCCUUUUUCUUCAUUUUCGGCUCAAGCUUUUGGCUAUUAGAAAUCGAACCGCCGGUCAGCGAAUCGCCGCGAAAAGAGCAUGCAGGCAAUCGGCGCAAUUGAGCAAAUGAGAAUGGGAUAAACUGUCUUUUCUUUGUGGUGCGAAAACGAAACGGGUCUCACCACCACUCACUGAUUUCAUUUUGUCAUGCCGGCUGGUGGCAGCAGCAGCCGGACGGUUUCGUUUCGUUUUGCCAUUGAUAUUUUUUUGAAAAAGAGGGGAGGAAUGAGGAAUGAGGCGAGGAGAAGAAGGAGAAGAACAAUACCAUCAACCUUCACAGAUUCUCGCUCAUCUGUCGGCUAUCCCCUCUUCUUCUUCUUUUCAUUCCCUCACACUUUUGACCCUCACCACACACCGUAAUUUAAUACAAUUCGAAAGAAGCUAUCCUGUUCUGUUCUGUCCCUUCUACAAAGAUCAUCCCGUUUCCGACCUCGUGAAUUACCAGAUCCCAAUCCCACACUAUUAUCUAAUCCGUCACACCUUUCACUUUUUUGAUAACCUGUGAUCCUAAAAAUGAUCGUCCGCUUGUUUCUUUCAUUUGAUAAUUCUAUUUCCCUCGUCUCUUCCCUUACUCAUACGUAUUCGCACGUUUUAGCUGCAAUUGGGGUUAUACUGGUAGCACAUGGAGACAUUUGACAUACGACCGUCCAAAUAUGGAAGUGUUCGAGGUGAGUUCUGCUUGAUUUUUCAAUUUGCAUACAGUUUCUCUGGUACCUACACUUUUCUCUUCAAAAAAUUUCAUUGAGACUCCUGCAAAACUACGAAAUCGACUUUAAGACAACAAAAACGGAUUUCCAAUUUCCUCUAGUUCUAAAGUCUCUCUUGCAUUUCUCGCUUUCUCGUUCCACAUCCGCCCAAUUGUUUUAGAAUAAAACAAAGAAGUACAAAAGUGAAAUCUGAAAAAAAUUCCAUUUUCCCUCAAAGCACAAGAAAAUUAUGAGCCGGGCAUGUAAGUUUUCCAUCUGCUCAACCCAUUUUUGACAAGUGUGACGAAGACUACUUUUUUGGGUUUUCUCCAGCUUAACUUUCAUUUUUUCGGUCCUGAACUCUUGUCGUUUCUCUGAUCAGGUGAAAUUUCACAGAAACGCAAACCAAAGUCGACAAUUACCAGACUAAACUUUUUUUGUAUACAUACUUGGACUGCUCGCUGUCCUUUUCUUAAAAGGCAACGAUCGACGUCAUUAUCCCCAAGCGAUGACAUCUCCUGACCCCCCACCCUUUCUUCGGCCAGUUUCUGCAACCGUAAAGAAAUGAAAGUUGGUCAAGAAGAGAACAGUAUCUGUAGCGUGAAAUUGAUAAAUACCUUUAUCGUUUUGUAGCAGGAAAGCGGAAGGAGGUGUACAUUCCGGUAACACUCUUAUCUAUAUCAUAUGGAAUGAAAGAGAAAAAGUGAAAGUGAGGGUAAUCUCUAAAACAAGAAGUUAAUCAUCGUAGAAACGGAACAAACAGGCGGCGUCGUGUAUUUUCCCAUCUCAUUUCAUUUCACACCUUUCCCGCAGAUUAAGUAGGAACGGGCGCGCGAAUCAAAUGUGAUCGCUUCGCUCAUAAUCGAAGAGAAGCGCGGUGUUGAAAUAUCGGCAACCUAAAUCUAGAGACAAUCGGAUGAUCCGCAUCCGAUCUAAGAUUUUUAAAGUUGAUUUCUGAUGUGGUCGGGUUGAUGCUUUGGCACCGAACAUAUUUCAUUUCCUCGAUCACAUAUCACACUUGCUGGCGCCUGCCAACGUCUGUCUCGGGAUGAAAACCGAGGACUCAAUUAACAAAAGAGAUAUAUAUAUAACCGAAUGAUAAGAAGAGUAUUCGCUUAUCGUCUUUUUCGCGAAGAAUGUGGAGGGAGGCUCUUGCUGCCCACUCUUCUACGCCCGAUCCCUUCCCAACCCGAUCAUUAUCAUUCAUCAUCCCGGCGUCUUCUCGUCAGCUGAUAACCUUUUGUUUCACAUUCUUCCUCGAUUCGCGCCACUCGAUCCAACAGAACCAACCGAACAAAAAACGUCUGCACCCACCUCUUUCGCUUCUUUCCGAUAACAAAGUGAAUGCAUUGAAUGGGGGCGGAGCCGGAGACCCAAAUUUUGGCAGUCGGUCAAACGCACACGCUCUCCCGUCGCCUUCUCCUCGCUCCUCACGUUUCUUCUGCAACCGACGUCGCCUCUUGUCGGGGGGCACGCCCCCUUCUUCCGAUCCCAUCCCGCUUCCAGUUUACUAAAGAACAUUAACUGUGAGCUCCACCAUGUCAAUGUGGAACAUCCUUUAUUUUCCUCUAUUCAUCCUCGGACACAUCCUCAACUGGUUCCGUCGCGUCUAUUACGCAGUAACCGAGUGCUGGAACAGCUUCAAUUGCUGUGGAUGUUGCUGUUUGUGCAGGAAGGACAAGUGUGUCGUCGAGGAGGACGUCGAGCGAGCGGCUCCGAUCAACCGAGUUCCGGAGUCGAUGCGUCGCGAGGAAGCCGAGAAGGUCGAGCUCCAGCCGUUCCUGCAGCAGGAAACACGCACGGCCGAGAAAGACCAAACGACCUGUGAGUCCGAGUUGAACGGCUAACCCUCAAUGACGUCACUGUUACGCACCGAUGUCUGUCUUAAUUCUCUGUUUCUCUAAUUACUCGAAAAGCUUUGGCUUACCAACCAUCCAAUUCGUACGUCUAAAUCUCAUCCAUCUUCCCUAUCACUACCGCCCUCACCAACUGAUCAUCAUUCAACAUUUCCCUGUGGUUUUUCAACUUGUAACUGAUCUGAACUCACCCUUUCCCUCCCCCGUCGUCCCUGUCUUUGCUUCUUUUCCGAUGAUUUUUUUCUUUGGAUUGGUACUUAUGAAUGAAUAGUUUGCCAGCAGCGCUUGGAACAGCUUGACACUUCCGCCUGGCCGGGUGAGGUGAGAUAUUGCAAGUUUGAUGCAUCAGCGUGAACUUAUUUUUCUGACGGUUGUCGGGCUGCGCCUGCAAACUGGUUUGCCAAAAUACGCCUAUCAUCACAAUCAUCACUGUUUCGUCAUAAAAUGUGAAUGUGGACGUCAUCGACUACUGACUAACCGACUCACUUUCUAUUGAUUUCUGGAAAAUGUUUGGGGUGUACUUGGAUGUGAACGGCUAUGAACGGCCGAAAUGCAGCUCCUGAGUGCUUUUCAGAUACAAUUGCUUUCAUACCGAACAUUUGAAUUGCUCUGAAUUCAAAAAACUUUCUUUCUUCCAAAAAGGAAAAUGUAGCUUCAAUGGAUAAUGAAGUCUGUCCAAGCUGACCGAGAAUCUUUUUCUCAUCAAUUGUCUUCGUCUUGGUCCGGACGGCCGGCCCAACCGGAGGAGACGAAUGUAAAAGAGGAGGGGGGGCAUGAAAUGGGUGGAAAUUAAAUGUUGUCCGAAUUGAAUUGGAAUGAAGACAGCCAACGACGACGGUUCCUAAACAAGAAGGGAAGUUCUGUUGCUCACUGAGCAUUCCAUUAUAACUCUACUCCUAUUCUAAAACGUUCAACUGGAAGAAAUCGGUGCGCACCAGAGUUGUGUUGUGUGCCGCCUCCACCUUAUUUCUUUUGGUCCGAGCCCAAAGCAUUUGUCACGUGUGUUCUGCCCUCUUCUUCAAUUUCUCAGUGCACGGUCGUAAACUAAACUGCCGAAUCGAAUAUUCUUUGCAUCCAAUGACGUUUUUGAUAAUAACUCGAAAAGAGCUCUCGAAAUUUUAUGACCGUUUUCACUUGUUUCGCUUUUGUUUUUAAUGCUUCUCAUCUGGCCGUAUAUGGACCUAUAAAAAUGGAGCUCCACCUUCUCAGCCAAAAAUGAUUAUGAAAGCUUUUUGUAGGACUCUGGGAAAACCGGUACGAGGGCGAAAAGACACUCUGGUAAGAAGAUUUAUGUCCACCAUCCCGAUAAUUGAAUUCAUUCCCCUACUUCUCUUUCAUUUAGUCCUCACUUUGAAAAAAGUGCUCAAGACGUACUCAAAAAGGUUUCUUUUUUGUUUCGUUCGUUGACUAAUUUGUGUCUCUGUCUCUAGAGCAUUGGCAGUCCUACUGUAGCUGUUCCUCAACUAUGUAGUGCGAAAAUAAUCAAAAGUGAUUCUGAAUUUGCAACCCAGUUACCGAUAAAGUGGUUAGACGGGGAUGAAUGAGAAAUCACACUCCACACCCCAUUAGGGUAAAGUGUAACCAUUAUACUAAUUGCAAAGUGAAAUUCACUCAUUGUCCGACCACUUUUUUCUCCUGGUACUCCUCCUCCCUCCUGUUGUCAGACCGUGAUAUAGUAGGGCGGUAAAGAUGACAUGUCGUAUUCGCCUUUGAGUGAUCGUGGCGCGCCUUCCGAUUCAAGUGGUCACAUAAGUGGUGAGGGCCCCCCUGAUGAGCAAACGACAGAAAUCAGAGAAACGAGAUCUGAUAACACGAGGUGGAACACUGACAAGCAUCGUUUACAUUAGAAAAAUGAGAUGAUAGGCACCUUUUUGCUGUCCAAACAGUGCAAUGAACACGUUUUUCUCUGAAGACAAAUCAUGACCGAAAGAUCGAUGAGCACUUGUUUGCUCCCAUGUUUCCUCUCGCUGCGAACUUUGAUGCGGCCAGCGGACGACAGUUUUCUCGACUUUUUUGUUUAACAAAAGUCCUUGUGCUGAAUUCUUGGCCUUGACGCUUUGGAUUUGAUUGGAAACGUAGCAGUAGCAUUUGAUUUCUGAAUUCUCCCCGGAAGACGUUAGAAAAAGGUGUCAAAAGGACUGGUUUAUGAAUGAAUUCACACUCUCUUUUGAGAAGGGAUAUUGAUACAAGUGUCUACGGUUGUUGAGGACUGUUAGCAAAAACUUUCAGUUUCAUUGUUGAAGUGUCGAGUUACUGUACUACUCCACCCUUUCCAUAAGUUGCCUGUCGGAGACCGGAUUACCGUUAUCAUAACGGUCAUUAUCACCUUGCAAGGUGUAAAAAUUCCGAGGACGCCCGCGAGAAACUCAUUCAUGCAAAUUAAGAGAAAGGUUUCAUUUUCUUUCUCUUUUCCCGUAGAGGCGAUUAUGAGCGACGAGACGGGGGUCUUCAAUUAUUUGAUGCUAUCAAACCCUGGAGAAGUAGGCGACGCAGACGGUCAAAACAACGAUUGCGGCUUACGGUCCGCGCGCGACAGAGGAAAAGAACGCGGAAGAGCGCGAGACGCAUGCGGUAAGCUCUAGACGAGACGACGGAGAAGAAGAAGGGCGGAGUGACCGAAGCAUCAAGAACAACGGCGGAGGGGGCGCAUUCUCCCUCUUCCUCUCUUCCACUUUUGCCUCGAUUCGAAUCGGAAUCGUACACGAUUGUCACUCACUCGGCGCCCGACGGCAGAAGCUUAGAUCAGCGAGAGAUUGGCGACAGGAGAGAAAAAGAAAAAGGAAAGAGAGAGAGGGAGAGAGAAUCCUCCUCCCACCUACAGUCACAUCCUUCCUUCUCUCCGUUCAUUAAUAAUCUUUCUUUCUGCCCUGUCCCUGCCACCUCCCACGCAAUUAUUAUCAGGCCCUCAGUUGAGUGGCGUGGCGUGUUACAAGGCCGAAUGUGUUGCGAACGGACCACCCACUGAUGAGAAACGAACAUAAGGUCCUCUUCUUCUCCUUCUUCCGCUCAACUUUUCCUCUUCCCCAUAUUCUUCCGAUAUGCGCCGCUACGGUCACUCGCCAUGGUACUCUCAAAGUACGUACUCGCUGAAUAUUAUUCCUGAAGAGCAUAUUCCUCCAGUCGACUAUGACAUUGAUUUUCAUGGUAACUUUUUUUUUUCAUUCUUAGAAUCGUAUAUAUAUAUUCAUCGGAUCCUAUUAUGUUUACCCAGCAAAGCUAACACUAACACCUUUGAAUCGUCACUGAAUCGGAAAACCGAAAAACGAAAAAUGAAAUGCAUUGUACGUGUAUCUGUUGAGGAACGGACAAAAAACAAGAUUUUGCACUUUUUGUCGCCUUCGUGAAUUGAAGGGGGAUAAGAAAACAGAUACGGUCACGCAGAUGGUGGUAGAUUGAUUGAUGGGAAGCAGAAACAGAAAAGCUUUUAUGAUAGAAUUUGAGCAAAGCCUCUACAGUAAUCCUAACCCGAUUUGAUAGCCAUAUCAUUAACAUCGCGUCACGGUGAUCAUCAUUCUACCCAUUUCUAGUGUAUAGGAAUCUGAAAUCUGGAAUCCAUUGCCCAACAAAUAAUGGCUUCAGGUUUCAAAUAAUGCGAUAGGGUGGCGGUUGGUUGCCGUCGCGUUAAUUCAACCGUUUCUCGCGCACCUUCCCUUCCAUCCACAACAAUUCCACGCUAUUGUUUUACCCGCAUAAAUAUAAUGACAACAAACAUACCGAAAACGGGUGUCUGAUGUGUGCACAGACCGGGUGGGAGCCAAAAGAGAGACAGAGAGUUGCAUUAUGCACACAAGAGAGACAUCUUGUGGUCAAGAGGUCCAACUUGGUGUUGAUCUUGAUAAGAAAUAAGAAAAUAAUAAAAAUAAACAUGUUUCAUUUUCAGACGCCAUCCACGAUGAAACGUCAGGAGCUGGAGGAGCUCAGGUCGGAGGAGAAUCAUUGGAUCGGAGGGGAUGGUCGGCAGCGUCGACCGGCAACAGAACGACGUUGACGGCAUCGGUGCACAAUAACCUGAUGAACGGUCGGAUGUCAUCGUCUAGUCACAACUUGUCCACUAGACUGUCCGGCUCUUCACAGAACCUCAAUCAUGUGGCAACUAAUGCCUAUGGGGUGAGUUUGAGUUGAAUUUGAAACAAUUAUGCGCAUGAUUCGUAGUUCUCCGUAGUUCUCCGUGACAUCCGUGAAAAUGUUAAAAAAAAACAGGAAACCCUCUCAAUUUUUUGAUUGUCAAAAUUCUGAAAUGGAUUCUCAUCUCAACUUCUAGGAACACUUUUGAACGGCACAGCAAGCAAAUGAUCAUGUGAUUCUCGCCAAAAUUAUUUUGCCGUUUGGAAUAAUCUUAAGGCAUUUAGCAGUCAGGAAGAGUUUUCACACACGAAUUUUGUAGGCCACGGCCACAACUUGUUCCGUAAAUAGGCAUCUCCGGGUCUUUCAAGGCGUGAAGAAGACAACUGCAGAAACAAUUUUAUCAGUAACUUCAUUCCAAACAUUUCACUCCACUCCACACCCAUUCACAUUCAAUUUCAAUCUGAAAAGUAACAAAACCGUGUAAACAGGUAUGUAGAGCAGAAAAGAGAGUAUUGUGCUACAUAGUAUUUGGAGAAGAACUCCGAUUGAAUGGUGGGAGUGAGUGCAUGAGUCACACAGGCACUAACAUUGCCAAACCGAGAGAAAUACAUGCAACUGAUAAGUCAUUUCUGACACAUCAAAAGAUGAGAAUGUUCGACGUGACGGCGUUCUCACCGAACGAUGUCUACGUUAUUAUCAAUUCGAUGUGGCAAUUACAGUUCCCAAUUGUGCAACCCGCCAACAACCCGUCCGAUUCAUCAGCUUCCGGACGUAUUGCGGUGAGUUUUAUUUUUACCUAAUUUGAUUGUUUUUGGAUAUUUCAGAACCUGUUAUCCCGACCUUUCCGCUCGAAUCCUCUGAAGAGAACGAAAAGUGUGAGCAAAAUGGAAAAAUCGAUCGCGGAGGCGAAUCAACAGUGAGUUCAAAACUAAAUCCAAAAUUAAACUUUUUAUAAAAUCGAGGUAAUUAGGAAGAACUGGAGUGAAAUUUGAGUCCACUGACCCAGCUGUUCUUUCCUCUUUGCAUUGUAAUCGUAAAGCUCAUUAAUUGGAGACAUUUUUCAUUAUUCCCCAAAAAUCUCAUCUCUCUCUCUCUUCUCACAUUUCAUCCCCCUCAAGAGUCACCCAUUCACACUUCCCACACACACGGCUGUUGAUAAAAUAUUGAGAUGAUGGCAAAGUGCAUGGCCCCCGCCGACGGAAGGAAGUUGUAAUUCUCUUCUCGUACCUAAAUCCAAUUUGCGGAACGUUUUAUGCAUAGUUUGUGGGGGAAAAAUAGAGAAAGAGUACCUUGCCAAUCUCACUUUUCAGUUUGACAUAGGUUAAACCGAUUUCGAACGUCGAGAACUUGGUAUGAAAAGGAAAUCCAACUGGUUUGCCGUCCUUUCUCUUUUUGCGUGCGCGCGGUUGCAUAACCGAUCGGGAUCACCGUCCCUGUUCGACUUAUCAUUCAUUUUCUCGUAGGCCUAAAAGUCAGCCCCGCGGUGCCCAUCACAUCUGUUUUUCUGAUUGAGCUGACAUUCGUAAACAUUUGUGAUUCCCAUUCCCAUGGGUGAGAUUUCAAGGGAAACGAAUGGAUUCCUAAUUUAUUUCCGCCACAGCUUCCUUUUUCUUAAAAAAACAAACAAAAUCUAUCAUAAGGAAAACAGCACAGCUGCCCAUGUUUUUUGCAAGCUGAUUGCAUUAACUUCCUUAUCAGUAACCGUUUUGUAUGAGUAAUGUGAGGUUGUUCUAUCGAUACUCUACUAAAAAUUGAUGAAAUCAGACUUGUCGCCGCCCAAGCCCGGUCGGCUCGCGAAAAUUUUUGAAUUUUUUGCCGAUUCUCGAUAAUUCUGGAUGAAAUACAUAGCUCAUCAACGCGGCCAUGGGGUCAGUGCCAGUUAGUGUUUUACACCGACAACUUUUAUGUAAUUGUCCGCUUCUUCUCUCCACACACACACACACCUCAGCUCGUUUUCUUCUUCUUCUUCUUCUUCUCAUUUUUUCGCCUUGUGCCCCCCGCACACAAUGCCCCGGGCAGGUCCCAUCUGUUGAUGAGAGCAGCACACGGCAACUCGCAAAAAGCACGAUGUGGCUGCUCUUUUACCAGAUGCCCCCUUCUCAUUCAUAUCACUUCCCGCUUGUUUUUUGGAAUCCCAUCUUUUGCCGAUCAGCGUUAUUCAAAAUAUUGACUCUUCCGACUAUUGAGGAUACUUGGCAGUUGUUUCUGCAAAAUAAUCGGAUUCGGAUGGGAUUGGAAGUGAAAUGGCACACAAUUUUGACCUACAAAGUCGUUUUGUUUGUUUAUUCAGGAAUUGUACCAAUUCGACCUCAUUUUUUCACUUGUCUGACUAUGAGAGUAAACAUUGUGUGGAAUUUUUAGAAUUCUUAGAAAACAUUUGAAAUUUCGCUGCAAAUCCCAAAAGUACGUACUUGAUUCCAAGCAAUAUAAAUCAAAUCCAAUGUCCGAAGAAUCGCGGAAAUCAAGAUUUUGAUAAUCAGUCGCCCCAUAAAUGAUAAUUUCGCUUUGCGACAAUAACCGGCACCGCGGCGUUCAUCUUGUCACUUCGAAGCGCGUCAAUGAUUUGAAUAUUCAUCUUUCUGGCGCUUUCGCUCUAAGGAAGCAAUCAAAACCGCGCCGCCGCCACCGAAUACGUACUUCUUCUCCUUCUUCUUCUUCUUCAUCUUCUUCAAUCAUUCCAUUCUAUUCCAAUUUCGAUUUCGACUUUCGACUUUCGAUUUUCACAAUUCUCGCCUCGAAAUGUACAACCGUUCGUUCCGUGUGCCCAAACGUCUUGACACGGUACCCAUACCGAUGUUCGGCUCAGAACGGCUACCCAGCGCACGAUCCGAACGAUGUUUGCCACGUAUCACCACCGCAUUCGUGUCUGAUUGCUCCGACAUGCAGUGCCUGUCCCCAAAUCGCGAAAAGCACAACGCGAAUCCGCGACUUGUGCGGGGACGGAUUGUGUACAAGUCGAAACGGUAGGUCUGAAGAGGAACGCCAUAAAAUUGGAGAGGGGGGAACAAGUAGAACUGUACUCGGUAGUUUUCUCUUUCUUCCCCUUCUAAUUCCCUCUAAAAUAGGAGCGGCCCGAAGGGGUCAGAAUUCUUUAGGCAGUAUUAUCCUCAAAACACCACCCACUGUGCUAAACCCCUGGGGCGGACAGGCCCCGAGAGCGGAUUUGCAAGUCGGAGAAAGCGUCAUUUCCCCUUUCUCUUUGCUACCAGAAAACUUUUAGAAGCCUCUGUAACUUUCUGGUUCAAAGGAACUAACGCUUGCUCCUCUCCUACUCCUUCCUCAAAUAAAAAUAUUAUCGAUCCUACUCCUUAUGAAACACAUGUUCUCAAUUCGCUCCAGUUCUUAUACGGUCAAUACUCCAAAUCAAGAGUAAGUUGUCGUCUAAAGAGACUUCUCCUAAAAAAAUGUAGCAAAACAGCAAAAACCCAAAGAAGUGUGUCUCCGGACCGCCACUUGACAUAGAUCUAACGUCGUCUGAAGUGUCACAGGUUUCGGGAAGAAAAGAAUAGGAUAGCAAGUACGAGACACACAUUCUUCAGUCAAAUGUUCCUCUCCCCGAGUAACCGUAACCAGUUUCAGCACUCUUCAUAGAGUGGACGCCAACGCGAACAGCAGGGACAGCAGUCUGUAUGCACAACCUCCGGCUCGACGCCAUUUGAGUCAACCGGCCCGAGAAGGAAGUCUUAGAGCGUGCCGCUCGCACGAAUCGCUCCUCAGUUCGGCUCAUUCGACGCAUUUGAUUGAAUUGAGUGAGUUCUGGGUUUGGGGGAUCAUUUGCAGCUGGUUAUCGUUUCCUUUGACAUUUUUUUGAAAAUUUGAAAUCUAGAAUCUUGUUCGCAUCUGUAAGGCUUGCAACUGUAUUCCCGAUCUGGCUUCCUUAGAAGUUCCGAAUUUUUGGGAUUUCCGUCAGAAUUUCAAAUCGGAAUUUAUCGAUUCUUUUCAAGCAGUUUCUUAACCAAAAAAGUUCCGAUUCCUGUACCUCUAUAUGCAGUUGCUCUAGUUUUAAUAGAAUUCUCAACCUGUUCUCAGAAUGACGUGAUAUCGGUUCAGCUAUUGUCAUACUUUGUUUGCUUUUUAUUUCCAAUCAAACCAAAUACCAAUUGAAGUGCACAAACAGUUUAUGUCCAUUCGAUGCGAUUCUUUGUGCCAACAAAAACUCUAGAAAACACAAAACAACGGGAAGGAGCAACCGGAGCAAUCUGUUUGUGCUCAACUCUUUUCUCUUACCUUCACCCACCCCCACACAAGCCAAGAACACUUGUUGGUCCUCUCCUGAGCCCGGUGACGCGUGGUCUUUCCUAUGCAACAUCAAGUAAUACGAUACUUGAGUGGCAAGCAUUGCUGAUCCGGGUGCUUACUAAUAAUUGCAAAAAUAGGUUUUUGUCAUGAAGAAUAGUUUCCGUUCGAUUUGCCGGGUUGCAUCUGAAACUUGUUUUGUUUUUCAGACGACGACAACCGCCUACACCCAGUUCACGCAUCAAUCUUUGAAGUUCCCAACUGUUUUCGCCUCGCCAGUACCUAUUACUCUUGUCGGACACCCCUGGAACGUGCAAAGUGGAUGGAGAAGUGAGUUCAUUUCCUUUUCUGCUUCUUUUUGUUCUUCCACUCAAAAAGCACGAUUCCCAGCACGUCAUCAAGUUAGUUUGCAUCUUCCCACCUAUCUAAUACAUAGUUUCUCCAUCCUUUUUUCAUCCGUACACUCUGCGCCGUUCUCAAGAGAUCAUUAAUGAGAUCCGCAUGAGAUUAUAUGUACGCCUUCUUCUUCUUCUUCCUCUUCUUCUCGCAUCGGUCCCGUGCCUGGAAAGUGCGCAUGUAUAAUUAGCAUUGUUUUCGUGACAGAUGACAAACGUCUUCAUCGGCCAUGCCAUCCGUUUAUCCGAUCAUAUCUGAUCACAUUUCAUUUACAUGUGUUUCCAUUUACCCGAGAAUUUAUGAUUCUUAUGGUUUUCCGUCCGUUUCUUAUGUGUGCUCAAUUGGAGAGUAGGACAAGAGUAGGACGAGCAACUGAGUGACGUUGCCCAAAAUUCAAUUGAAAACUCAUUUGUAGUGCUCAGAGCUCAUUAACUAGUGGUUCUUAUGGAAUGUGGGCCUAUGAAACAGCUGACGCCGAGCAGAGUUUUGACGGAAAAAAGAGGGCCACUACGUUUCUAAACCUUCAAAGUCAGAAGUCACCUUUUGUAGCGCCAUCUGCCAGCCGCCACCAAGUGGGUCGACUACUUGGCGCCACAAUGUCAGUUGGUCACCCGUCACACCACCUGUCCCCACCUUCGAUUUGGUUUGGGAAGCCAAAAAAAGAAACCAAACGUUAUUUGAACUACCGCUUUUCGAAAUUUUUUACUUUUUCCACACUUGCGAAGUCUACUGACAGCAACUUGAUAUAUGAGUGUUGGUCACGUGCGGUUACGUCAUAACUGAAUAGGUGAACCCAUUGGCCAACUGGCCAACUGACCAGGAGUGUGCGGAAAAAAUGCGAAAUUCCAAAACAUUUUCAGUAAUAAUGCCGCUUUUUCAAAAGCUCGCAUCUAAAACUUUCGGCUAGUCUCGCAAAAUUUAUCUGAAAAGUGUCUUUUUUGCUAUGCUUAUUUUACUUGAAAUGCUUACAGGGUGGUCCACCGUUACCCGUACAAAAGUUUUACGCGGCGCGCGUAGGUACUGACGCAAUUCUGGUGUGGCCCUGAUUCAAAAUUGUGUAUAUUAUCAUGUUUUUAACUAUUCGGCCAAGUCUCAGACCAAACGGAUUUGUUUCAGCCAAAUAGCACCGAUUAGUCUGCACCCCGUCCCCAUCAUACGCUUGUUCACUGGAGGGGUGAGCAGACAAACGAUCAUGAAACGGCUCGGUAUCCCAAGCAAAACCGUUUAUGAUACGAUCUAACUUUUCUCCGGUCUAAACCCACUCUAGAGCAAUACCAGAAACGAAAAAGGAAUCACCAUGAUCUCUCCUCAGACGGUCACAGCUACCAGAGAGCGGAUCAUGAGAAAUCCGUAUCCAAGCACGAGAAUGAUAGCACAUGAUAUGGAAAUGAGUCCGAUAUCAAUGUAAAUCACUCUAAAAUGCAAGCUCAGUUUGAUACCGAAAUAUGUGAACAGAAGCCGUUAUCAUCUCAACUGCCAAAAAGUUGAAACGGAUUCAAAUGUCGAAACUCCAGUUGAGUGGCACGCGCCAUGGCGACCAUUUGAAGAUGGCCUUUUCAGACGAAUGACUGUUCCCGGCGAAGGCCAAUUUGAAUUCUCAAAAUAGUCAGAGGCUUGCUGGGACGUCACUGGACGCGUAUGAAAAAUGGUAGGGCCAUAAUCUGGACCGUGCCAUGAUUUCUUGUCCCAUCAGCUGAACAUGCCAAUCUCAACGCGUUUUCAUCGAUAAUGGUGACAAAAUCAGAAAAGUACGUUAUGUAGAUGAGGCUUCAACAAGGAAACUUCUUCUUCGGUCUCACAAACACUUCGGAGAACAACAUUGGGUGUUCUAGGAGGAUAAUACGCCUGCCCACACGGCCAAAAUCAUUCAGCAGUGGUUCCAGGCCAAUUUGGCAGCGUUCAUCAAGAAGGAAAAAUGGUCCGAUUUCUCGCCGGACCAUUUUUUGUUGGACUAUUCGUUGUUGGGGUCUUACAGGCCAAUAUAAAGGCUAAACCCCAGACAAGUAGGGCAGUGAUAAAAAAAUUCCUUGCCAGGUAGGGGGUCAAUUUGUUCACGGACUUCCCGCGUGCCGCGGCAAACUGUUACUUCGGAAGUCUUCGGGCUGUCAUUGUUAGGAAAGGAGGUCGGGUGCAACACUAUUAGCUUAUAAAUAUUGUCAAACAUCUUAGUAAACGUUUUGUUAAGUCUCAUGCCUUUCUGACUUCUAGUUUUGGAAUUACCCAAGUUUUAUUUUGUACGGGUAACGGUGGACCACCCUGUAUAUUGAAAAUGGAUAGCCGGGCCGAUUUUCGACAAUUCUGCAACGGGACAUUCGCCUCACCCUCACCUUCACCCUGUCUACGCCUUUUCUUCUCCCUCUCCCUCUUGCUGUUGGUGGUGCAACACUGCGUUUGACCCCGCUCACCUGUGGGUGAUGUUGGCAGACUGUGAGGUGCCCCUCCGCACACACAUAGCAACGCGCAUUUAUCGAUCGAAAUAUCGUUAUGCAAAUCCAAUCGACCUGUCUUUUUCUUUUUCUUUUUCUUCUUCGUUUCCAUCUUCUCCAUAUCAUAACCAUUUUGCAGCGCGACGUUUCAUUCUCUUCUUCUCCUUUUCUGUUCUGUUUAUAUUCCUCCUUAGUCAUACUCGGGGCGCCGUCUUUUUCGCUUUUCGAUCCAUUUGCCGACAGUCAUAAACGUAAACGUUUUCGAAUGAAUCCCCUUCUCCCACUGCUAUCCCUCUCAUCUUCAAAAUCAGUGAAUCAUUAUACUAUCCGGCGUGUUUCUGUAAAUAAGAGAACGUGGUCAGUUAGUUUAAUCCUCCGUCAUCGUCGGCGCCCACUUCUUCUCUCGUGAGGGGCGACACCUUAGGUAGAUAAAAAUCUGGUAAAAACAAGGGGCCCCCGUCGCGCCGCACAUCUUUUCUCGGUUUUGUCGCCCGCCUCACCACCAUUUUUAACUUGCUUUUCAAAUUCAGGCAGGUGGGUGCAAAAGACCUCCGGCUGGAGGGUCAAAUGUACAACAAACACUUGAGCGUUCGUUCUAUUCACACCUCAUCGCUUUCAAUUCUUUGCUUUGCCCUACUCCGCCGGCCUUCUCAAUUUUCACAUGGUUUAACAUGAAAACGUGUCCGAGGUCCUUUUUGCAGUGCUUUUUUAGAGAGAGGGCGCUAAGAAAAGGAAACCCGAAGAUUUUCUUCUUCACUUGUGAAAUUCAAUAGCUUUAAGGUGUGUUUUGACCUUGUGAGCGCCCAAGUGUUCCAUAACUGACCUCAAACAUCAAUUGUUCCGAGUUCAGUUUUGAGAUUGGCCCGAGACUGCUACUGUCAUAAGUCGGAUAUAUCCAUCCCUCCCCCCGCUCAAACACCCACUCCUACUAACGAUUAACCAAUACACGAUCGGUCCUUCUCGCCCACUUGUCUGUACUGUCCGCUGGCCGCUCGUUGGGUGGCUGCAAUUAUAAAUCCAGUGAGUGAGAGAAAAGAGGAAGGCCAUUACAUUGUCCGGGCACGUCGCACAAUUCCAUACAAUUAUCAAAACGUUCCCUUCUUCCUUCUAUUCAGAUCCUCAGAUCCCCAUCCCUUAGGCCCUUCCGUCUUUGCUUAUCUCUUUCCUAAUUCAGAUGAUUUUAUGGCAUGGGUUCGGUUCGGCGGUGCCUCGGUGUGCACUAGCGUGACCACACGCGCGCGCGGAGCUCGGAGCUGCACACGAAAUUUAAUCUGAUUGCGCUACUGCUACUGCUACUCGCUUCACCCUUUUCCUCCUUCUUCCCGCGCCUAUCCUGCUCCAUCCGUUUUAUUGAGGAUGAUGCUCGCAGAAACACAGAAAAACGAUCCGUGGGGCAUUUGAGUUGCCCACUUCUCACAGUCUGUUUGUUUUUCAAUUUCCGCUCAAAAAUUUGCAUUUUGGCUUGGGCAGACCAUCCAUUACGAACAAGUUUUUCGCUCUCUUCCACGCGCUUCUUCUUCAUUCCGUAUUGCCCUCCCACUGCGGGAAGUAUUUGAAAUGAGGAGGAGAGCUGGAAAUGUGAUCCUCUUAAUUUCCAUACACCCGCUGAGGUUCUAGUCUGGAUCGCUUCUCCUUCUUCUUCUCCUUUUUCCUUCUAUUUCGAACAUUGUCUGAUGGUCAUCUUUUGAGGUUUUGUGCCAUACACAGCCUUGGACUUCUAUGUAUUCGGUUCUCUUCCACUUAAUCUACGAUCAUGGAUGAAACCCUCGGACACUUGAAAAUCUCUUAGGUUCUCUCCUUCUUCUCUAUUCACCCGAUCCAGUCUUUUCCGGUCGAAGAUAUCGGUAAUAACAAUCCGAAAAUCGGGUAGGUAGAAGACAAGUUGUUCUUCGAAAUGUAUACCAUGUCAAAUGCAAAUGUUUGUGAUGGAUGAGCGGGUAACGUUUGGUCGAGGAAGAGGGCGUAGGAGGAGAGAAUCUAGUUCCCAACUUCUCAAAUUUCUCGAAUGCAAAACUUACCUAACGCACCGAUGAGCACUUUUUCCGGGUACAUCCGGCUAUUUAGGUCAUUCUCGGUGUCAGUGUCACUGUUACCCAACCCAACAGUUUUUGUACACACAUACUAAUCACCGGGUUUCUCUCCUCCACCUGGCAUACAUAUGUUAUUAUUAUUUUGGCUUCUUUGUGGACUGUGCGGGAAACGACGAGUAGAAAAGAAAGAGUGCGAAGAGAAAGAGAACCCUAUAAGGGAAUAUUGUUUAUUUUGAGCGCUCGGCGGAAUGGUGUGCACUGGAAGACGAGAGAAGCAGAGAAAUAGCGGCUGAGAGACUGUGUUUCAAUGAAAAGAAGCAAAACUCUUUCUUUCUCACUUUUGGUCACUUUAGCGACAGUAACUAUGUGGGCGUAAGUGACAGUUGGUCUCCCUGAUUGAGUGACACUUUCUCUCUCCUUCUCACCCUCCUUCCAAACUUGUCAUUUUUCAUAAGCAUAUCUUUGUGACAGGCGACGGGCCGCGCACGCGGCGGCGGCGCCCGGGCAGAUGUACAAGUCGGAGCGACGAUUUCGAAAAAAAAAACGUCACAAAAACCAAGUCGCCUCCAAACACCAUAUGUUCCACCAAGCCAGUCCACCACACCAGAACGCUUUCUGAUGGACUCCCAGCAGUUGACUGUUUUAUUACCUUUGUCCCUUUCCUUUCCAUUUUCCUCAGUCAUCUCAGCUUUUUUCGAAGACGCACAGCUAAACAAUCUUUCACAUUUUCUUGUAUAAAACUAUUACUUAAGGACCUGAAAGUGGGAAAAACUAAAUCAGGGACCUUCAAGAUUUUCCGAAAAAUUCCGUAAAACCAAUUUACCAGAAAAGUUUUUUUCCGUCUUUUUUUCGCCUACUCCUGGUCCGGACGCGUGAGAACGUUGGAAGGAAGUUGAGUUGAUCUGAUCAUCAAAUAAUUCUCCCCCAUUACGGUUGGCGUGGGAACAAAAUAGUGUACAGCUCAGUGCUCUUGCGGGGCGAAACGAGCACAAUCAACCAACCUGUGCACACACGCACAAUUGUGCACCCCAUACCUCACUCACUCACAAACACCGGCAUUUUCUCAUUUUUCUCCGUGUCCCUGUCUACCACAACCAUUUUUUUGGUUGUUUAGAGUCUAGGAUGGGAUGGGGAUGAAUCUCGGUUACUCCCAUUCAUUUCCAAACAAAGAUGCGUUUCUGUUUUUCGUUUUCCGUUACCUCCUUUUGUCGAGAUGGAACGAACAUACAUCAUUGCAUCUGUCAUUGUCCACUCUCACAUUCAUUGCACUCUUUCUCGUCUUCUUCUACUAGAACAUCCUCGAUUUUCAUCGACUACUUUUGUCGUCACUGUUCUUUGAACGACUAAUGAAAAAGUGAUUUCUAUUUUAAGACGGUAACUUUCAAAGAUUCGAUUUAGACUAUUCUAGUCCUACAGUUGAUGUUGUUCACUUUCACUUUGCAUCCGACUUGAAAAUGCAGAAUUGAAAAGAGUCUCGACCCGAGUUGUGGUUGUUGUGAGGUGCCACUGUAGUCAUCCAGGGACCCCCACCCCACCUCUUCAUUGUUUAUUACAAUAAGGCCUUUGCGUGUGGUGAGCACAAGCAAUAUUGUGGGAGGCGGAGCUGGUCCCGUUUGCCUCCUCUUCAGCAGCUUUUCUGUGCUCAUUGCACCAGGUACCCACCUGCCUAUCCUUUCCUGCCGCGUAUGGGUCUCAAACCAUAAACACUAUCUCCCCCCCCCCUUUCUCUGUGUUGUUCCCGCCGCGCAUACGCGCUCUCGCCAAAUAGAAUUACCUAAUUACGGACCCGCGCAGAAUAGGCAAUGUUGUGCGGGUGGGUGCACCAAUGACUCUAGGCCACUUAUGGUCAGCGCAUUACCCCCCGGCCGACGCCGGAACACCUUCUGUUUUGAGACAUUGAGUCCAUGCAUCUUUUCCCGUAGCGUUCGGUUCAUAAUAACAAGAAACACCUCUAAAAAAUGGGACGCGAAAUCAUAAGUUUGGAUAAUCCCCCCGAUAUACUUGUCUCCUUGUCACUUUCCUUUUCUGUUCCUUUUCUUUUCCCUGAUAACAACAACAACCAAUCCAUAUUCAUCUUUAUCUUUGUUUUCCGAUAGCCACCACAUUCUUUGAAAUGCCUUACUUUAUUUCAGCCUGCGCAAAACGAUGAAUCCGCGUCGAGACCUACAGCGACGAACAGAAAACGGCCUGCUCAUUUGGAUUCUAGAAGCCAAGGGAUUGCCGGCAAAGAGAAAGUGAGUACCUUAUACCGAUUACACAUAUCAAGUUUCAAUUUUCAAUUCAGGUACUACUGUGAGUUGUGUCUAGACAAAACCCUCUACGCGCGAACGUCAUCAAAGGCUCGCAGUGAUAAUGUAUUCUGGGGCGAGCACUUUGAGUUUGGGUGAGAGUUUCUGCACUUGCGAGCCCCCUGAGAAUUUCAAUGUUUUCAGAAUGCUUCCAAAAAUUGAUGAAGUGUGCGUGAGCGUGUUCCGUGAGGCGGAUCCAAAGAAAAAGAAGGAUCGUCCGACGCUGAUUGGCUACGUCAUCAUUCAAAUCGAUCAGUUGGACGGUAGAAAUCCGGUGGAACGAUGGUGAGUUUUAAAAAAUGAAUGGAACAACAGACUUCCGGUACUCAUCCCUCAACGUUGGUACUGUGCGGGGGAGGGCGAAAACAACACAAAGGGGGGAUGAAAAACUCUCCUAGUUUUAAUUGCCUGCCUUUUCUGAGCGCCGCGUUGCGCGCGCGCGCCAAUUAACUGGUUGAUUGUAGUUCAAGCAGGUCUAUUAACAGUUUUCAAACCCUGCCCUGCUACCCUCAUCAAGUGGAGGAUUGGUUGGGUUUAUUUAGUUAGUCAUUCGAAACUAUCGAUGAUGAACAUUGUCAUGAUCGCCAUGUUUGUGUGUGUGUGUGUGUCUGUCUGUACGCGUUACUCGACAUUAACCUCCUUGCUGUUCGAAAGUCGUCUGUUACUGCCUUUACAUGAGCGUGAAUUGUUUUCAUAACCUAUAUCCAUCAAGAUUUUAUUCGGGACGAACGCCUUCUUUCUCUUUCUCCUCUUUCGCACACCCGAUAGGGCGAUGGCCGCAUCAAAUCCCAUUACUUUUGCAUAAAUGGGUAGAAGUGUUGAAUAAACAUGGAUUCUCGGUGAAAAUUCUGGAUUCCGGCCGAAGCGCCAAAAAUUUUCCUAGUUUCUACUUACACCGCCUCCGCACACUUUGCAGCUUUCCAUUCGUCCUUACAGUGUUUUGUAUUAAGUGGCGAGCGAAAGUGGACUAAUCCUCUCUUCUUCUUCUUCUUACUCUUCUUCUUCUUCUCAACUACCCUUCUAUCAUAAAAUUGAACUUUGGCCCAAUUCUCAGUCGUUUUACAAGAGAUUCUCUUUAAAUAGAAACAAGUAUGACCACUUUUUCGCCCUAAUUUCUUCCAUUAGCCAGUGUGUUAGGAGACUUUUGUUAUGCGUGUUAGUGCGGCGAACGAGACGGACGUGUGAAGCGAACGCGAAAAAUUCCGGCCUCGGUUUUGACAGACCACACGCCGCGCUCCAAAUCUUGAUCAAACAAAUCGAAAUGUGCUCUCAAUGAUACCCCUCUUCCUGUCAACUAGGCAAUUCAUUUUUCCAUCGAAUUUCGUUUUUUCGACCCCCUUCUUGUCAUUAAUCACCGUUACGCGGACAACUGAAGAUUUUAUCUACAUUUCGUUUCCAAUUAGAUAAGCCCAACCUGAUGACUCAAUCUCUCCACCAAUCCCUUUUUUCGCGCUUUUCUUCUUCUUCUUCUUCUUCUUCUCCAUUGCACUCAAUUUCACGUGUUCAGAUGAAGGGCGAAUACGAUCCGUGGGAUCCCGCGUUUCACAAUUCCGCAAUGAUUCCUUAUUCGUUGUCCACUGUAUACCCGUCCAUUUCAAAUUUACCCGAAGAGUUUUCAAAUGAGAAUCGAAAAGCGCGAAAUAUGCUCAAAACGUUUUUGUGGACGUUUAAAAUGAAGAAAAACUAUGUGCGAGUAUCGACGUUGUUCGGAGAGUACUGUAGGUCAGUAUGUAGAUUGAAUUAUCACAAUCCGAUUUGAAAGAAGUCAAGGCCAAACCAUUCGCCCAAAAUUGUUGCCUCGGUUAAUCCUAUUUUCCUUUCAGGUAUACCGUCAACCAAACCCAUCACAACGACACCAGCAGUCGAAUCGCCUCGGCUCUGGGCGCCAAGAGCAGUAAUCAGGACACGCCGUCGCUGAGAAUCAAGGCCAGAUGGCAGAGCGUUGACAUCCUUCCGCUCCGCGCCUACGAAGACCUCGUUCAACUGCUGUGCUACAGCUACUUGCCACUUUGCGAGCAGCUUGAACCGAUUCUCGCAGUCAAAGUGAAGGAAGACUUUGCCACGUCAAUGGUCCGUGUCAUGUACAAACAGCGACUCGCCAAGGAGUUUCUGUGCGAUCUCAUCAUGAAAGAGGUCGAGCAACUGGACAACGAUCAUCUGAUGUUCCGUGGAAACUCGCUGGCCACAAAGGCGAUGGAGUCGUUCAUGAAGCUGGUUGCCGAUGAUUAUCUCCAGUCCACGCUCAGCGAUUUCAUCAAAACGGUGCUUCAAUGCGAGGAUUCGUGUGAAGUGGACCCGCAGAAACUGGGAAAUGUGUCCAACUCGGUGCUUGAGAAGAACCGCGCACUUUUGAUGAGAUAUGCGGAAGUGGCGUGGACCAAGAUUCUGAACAAGUGAGUUUCAACUAGAGACAUCUUUAACAAAUGGUCAUUUUUUCAGUGUUCACCACAUUCCUGUCGACCUCCGUGAGGUGUUUGCCAUCCUUCGCUGCCGUCUCGACGCUCAAAAUCGCGGAGCUCUCGCCGACACGCUCAUUUCGUCCUCCAUCUUUCUGCGCUUCCUGUGCCCAGCUAUUUUGAGUCCGAGCCUGUUCAAUCUGGUCUCGGAGUAUCCAUCGAGCGCCAACUCGCGCAACUUGACCCUCAUCGCCAAGACUCUUCAGAAUCUUGCUAACUUUACCAAGUUUGGAGGAAAGGAGCACUAUAUGGAGUUUAUGAACGAGUUUGUCGAUCGCGAGUGGCAUCGCAUGAAGGACUUCUUGUUGAGAAUCUCUUCUGGGUGAGUUGAUCUAUAGAACAUAAACACACAUAUCAACUAUUUAGAUUUAGAAAUGUUUGUGCGUAGGCGCCGCGCGUUUCGAUAUAUCAUGUUACCUUGGGGGGAAAGAAAGAUAUUUUGGUUGUGCCGCUAAAUUUGACACCUUUUUGUAUAAACAGACAAACUCAGCAUCAAAGUCAAGGAAAUCAAAAGAACACAUAGUUUCAGAACACAAACGGGCGUGGAGAAAAAUGCCGACGCAGUUGUGGACGCCGGAAAAGAGCUCAGUCUAAUCGCUACAUAUCUUGAAGAGGCCUGGACUCCACUGCUUCAGGAGAAGAACGCGAACAAAAAGUCGCUGAGCGAUGUGAAAGCGAUUUUGUCAAACUUGGCCGAGUACAAGAGGCGUCCGGAAACAGCGGCGUUCCACUCGCCAAUGGCUCAACAGCCAUCGUCCGAUUAUGAGAAUAGUCCGCAGCAAAAUGUGAUGUAAGUCAUACCAACCCUCUGAAAAUGACACAUAAAACCUCUAAACUUUCAGUCCGCGUCACGAAAAUGUACCGGCCUACAGAAGCACUCCGCCGGUCGGACAAGCCACAGUGAUGGGAAGAUCGAUGAACCGACCGGCCACGCAUCUGCUCACUUCCGACGAUUACGUUCUCUCGUCGGCAUUCCAAACACCGAGUCUCCGUCAGGGAACACGGUUGAGCGAUGAGACCGGAACAUCAUCAAGCCGGACUAGCGACAAAACGACGAGCAGUGCGGAGAUCCGUGAUGACACCGAUUCGGACCUCGAGCUGAGAGGGACUGACGAUCGCGGCCGAGGUGGGAGGAAUCGUAAACGGUUGCCAAGAACGGACGCGUCUCCAUCGAGCAGCCAACAAGCGUCAAGCGGAUAUCUGAGCAAUAAUCCGUCCAGAUCCAGCUACUCGAACUCGUCGAGCUCUUCGCCAGUUGAGCGCAUGGCUGCUCUCUCCAUUGCCAAUCCGGUGUUCGGACCCGGUCCCUCAUCCGGAUACAACAUUCCGGCCGAGCCCAAAGAGAUUGUCUACCAGAAGCGUGCCAGUCCACCACCAUACGAUCAGGAGGCUCACAGCUAUCACUACCAACCGGUAAGUAGUCGGUGAUGUGAAAUAACGUACUAAUAGUUUCUAUUUGAGAUGCAGGUGUACGCGGUGCCCCCAGAUUGUCAAGUGUCGCCGAGAACACAGCCGGCGCCAGGAGGAGCGCAUGUGCAGAACCGUUUGAGUCUUCCACGUACCAACCCACGCGCCUCCCGCAACUCGACUCUGCUCCGUCCGAGUGUUGUCAAUGUUCCAGAUAACUGGGACAGGUAAUACUAAGCUCGUGGUGCCGAUGUUCAUGUAUUUAAUUUGCAGAUCUAGCGAAUAUUGGCACGACCGCGAGUACAGAACCCAUCUUGAGACGAUCGAGAGUCAGGCUCGGGAAAUCGAACGUCUGAAGAGGGAGAAUCUGGAGUUGAAGAGUCAGAUGAUGGUUACCAACAAAGUCGACUCUAAGGUACAGUUGCUCAACAAACUGCACAAAAACGUAUCUCAAAUUUUCAGAGAUCCGACAGUGGAGCCAGCGAGGACUCCUACGACUCACUCAGCUCUCUUGACCGUCCAUCGAGGAAGUCGCUUGUGGUGACCACUCCCAACUGA